AUGAUAAUUAGAUUUUUACUUCUUCUUGAUAUUAUUCAAGGAUUGACCUCCAAUUUCGCGCUGAAUAUCAGAGAAUGCCCAGACAAAGAUCUUGGAGAAGCAUGUGCUGCGCAAUGCCGGCUCGAGUAUGUUAGCUGCCGAUUGGGGUGUUCCGACUCUUUUUGCGACACAGAAUGCUUGAAUGCUUAUUCAGCAUGUGUUGACACUUGUCCUUGCUACCAUGACUGUCCUUCUGGAUGUGAGGAUUGUUGGCACCCUAUUUGCCAGUGUAAAGACCCUGAAACAACGAGUCCAAUUUAUCGGCAAUGCAAAAGUGAAGCACAGACUGGCUUGAAUCUAUGUAUGAAUGACUGCCAGACCAAUUCAACAUGCUUCGAUUCUUGUCAUGAAACCUUCAAAAGAAAUUUUAACCGGUGCCCAUGUAUGUCAGGCUGCCCGAAUGGAUGUCCAUGUUCCAAUGGUUAUGUUUGCGAACGCUUUUUUACUGUUAUUUGCCAAAAUCGUAAUGAUUUGACAUUGAAUUACAUCGUCUCCGGUAGUGGUCAUUUCAAGGAAAAUCGGUACUACUCGAUUCCCGAAAGUAGGGACGAAUUUUAUCAAUAUCUUGAUAUCGUCGGUUCUGCAGCGCUAAAUGGAGAGAUUUAUAUUUUUGGUGGAAAUGAAGAUAGAUAUAAAAUUUCUCGAGUACAAGACUGCGGUAUUGUUGAGUUGGCUGCAAGACUGGUAACUGAGUGGAAUCAUCAUUAUGGAGGCAUCGUUACUGUGCCUUCUUCCCCUGACGAAAUUCUUUUAUGCUUUGGAGACGAAAACGAUAUCACGACUUGCGAAGAGUUCGAUGGGGAGGCCGUUAGAAAAAAUCCAUUUAGUCUGAGACACAAUCAUAUUGCCGGAUGCUUAGCCACAUUCGACAGCUUUGCGAUCGCCAUAUCAGGAAACUUCGAUAGAAAAGUAGAGGUCUUGGGACUUGGUGGAUGGCGUGAUGAAAGCGAUCAUCCGAGAGCAUCCCAAGCGCUUGGUUGCUUGUCUGUCGGAAGAGGAACUAUAACUAUUGGAGGAUACGACGUUGACGGCGGAACUACAAAUGAGGUUUUCCAUUUCAAUAAUGGUGUUUGGUCAAAUGCUGGAUUUUUGAUUGAGCCAUCCUUUCAUUCGACAAGCCUAUUCUUUGAUUCAUAUUUUGUUUCUUUUGGAAGAGGACCAUCAUUCAAUGUUGCCGAGCGUGCCCAAUGGAAUGGAACAUUUGUAACUUCUUCAGAAAUAAUCUCAACUGACUCAGAAGACUGCGACUAUCCGAUUGUUUUCGAGAGUGCUCCAGACGCGUGUAGUCAAUCCUGUGAUCAAUUUUGUUUUCCACAGUAA